AUGUCGAACAGAUUCGGCCGCCCCUCCGCCCAAAACGACCUCUUCUCCUCCUACAACCGCUCCUCGUCCCCCUCCAAAGACAAGAAAAAGCCACGCUCGCCCUACGGCAACUCUCCCUACGGCGGCGCCCAAAGCUACGCCUUUCCCUCCUCGUCGCCCGCCCCCGAAGGCCCCUCUUUCGGCGCAUACCCUGGCGCAAACGGCAGCACGAGUGCAAGCGGGAGCGGGACAUUCAGAAGCGCGACGCCGAAUUCGAGAGGGCAGUAUAGCGCUGCGACGUUGGAUGAGCUGGAGAGCCAGAAUGAUGAUCAGGCGGGGGCUUUGAUUGGGAAGGUGAAGAUGUUGAAGGAUUUAACAGAGGCCAUCGGCGUGGAGAUCCGCGAUUCGACGACGCUUGCGGAGAAGAUGAACGACCAGUUUGAGAACUCGCGGUUACGGUUAAAAGGGACGAUGAAUCGGAUGUUGAGGAUGGCGGAGAAGACGGGUGUGGGGUGGAAGGUGUGGUUGGGAUUCUUUGCUGUGGUUUGUGUGUUGUUUUGGUAUGUUUGGGUGUUCUAG